UGGAUGCUAUACUGCCAACUGAUGGGAAAAGAGAAAUGCACAUGUAAAGGACAUGAUUAAGCAUGGUUAUUGAAAGUUACUGUAGUGCUGAUGUUUUACUAAAAGUUCUGGUUAUCUUUUCAGGACCAUCAAUAUCCAGGGAGAAAAAGAAUGUUAAGAAAAAACAAAAUAUUAAUUUUUAAGUAUUUUCUUAAUCUUAUUAAUGGAGCUUUCUUGGUUCUUGGACUUUUAUUUGUAGGAUUUGGUACAUGGCUUUUAUUAGAUAGAAAUAAUUUUUUGACAGCUUUGGACGAAAAUAAUCACUUCAUAAUACAUAUUUCUCAAAUUUUGGUUGGAAUGGGAUCUGCUAUUGUUCUUCUUUGUCUACUGGGUUAUUUGGGAAUUAAUAAAGAAAUCUUAUGGCUCCUAAUCCUGUAUGCAGUAUUGUUGGUAUUUGCCUUUGCUGUUCAGGCUAUUGUGUCAGCACUCAUCUUCACGAAGAAAGAGGAGGUUUACCAACUAUGGCAUGAUAAGAUCGAUUUGAUCAUUUCUGAAUAUGGAUCCAAAGAUAAGCCGGAAGACAUACCAAAAUGGAUGAUUCUAAAUGCUUUGCAGAAAACAUUGAAGUGUUGUGGCCAACAAAAUUACACAGACUGGAUAAAGAACAAGAAUAAGGAAAAUUCAGAGCAGGUGCCAUGUUCUUGCACAAACUCUACAUUGGGAAAAUGGUUUUGUGAUGAGCCACUGAAUGCAACUUACCCAGAGGGUUGUGACUCUAAAAUCAGCACAUGGUAUGAUGUUAACGCUUUAACUUUAAGUGGAAUUAACCUUGGACUUUUGGCUUCAGAGAUUUUGCAAGUCUCAUUAAUUAUUUCUUACUUCAGACACAUCAAGAAUAGAAUAUAUGUGGAAAUGUGAUCUUUGGAGUUUUAUUUGUCCCAAAGAAACUGGUUAAUUUUCAAAAAAUUACAUUGUUAUAUUACAAAAAUAUUUUUAUUUGCAUUUACUAAGGUUAGGACCUAUUCAAGUCACUGAUUGUCUAUAAAGUAGAAUUGUUAAAUAUUAUCAUAAAAUAUUUAUGAACUUUUCUCAAUUUUGUUUUUCAAAAUACCAAACACUUGAGUUUAGAACUUUGCCUUGACUUAUUUUCUGAAUUCAGAGUGUAUCAUCACAUGUACUGAAUUGAAAAUAAGGUGAAGUAUUAACAUAUGUUUUGAGUUUCUUAUAUGAAGAGAUAAGGUAUUCAGAAAAUACUAAGAAAGCAAAAAUAAUCUAUUCCAAAUGAUCACUCAGAUCCCAUAUUCUUUACUGUUCAACCUUAUUGUCUCUUUUUCCUGAAAUUUUUUUGGUGCUGGUUUAGACAAUUCUCUCAGGAAAUGAAAAUCACCUAAUUUUUUACGGUGAUAUUGUGAGAAAACUAACUGCUUUGAAAAAUAAAAAAUGCUAUACAGAUAUGACGUACUAUAAGUAUUGUCCUUAGUAGUAAAAGGCUGUCUUGAUCUUGAGGAAUGAAGAAAAGUUAGAUUGACUGAAGAGCCUGCAUUGCUUCAACACAUACAGAAAUCUCACUCCCAAUACUAAUUCAGUCAUAUCUCUUUUCAUCUCUCUUCAGUGCUCUGCAAAUAUCAGAGACUUGUGAACUUUUCAACUGUAGCACAAAAGAAAAUAGAAAAAAAAAUUUCCCUUAAACAACCUUUUUUCAGUUUAGGUAUGUCAAAUAGACAUACCUUCUAGUCUUUGGAGGAUUAAACUCAUCCUCAGAUUUCUAUUUUCUCUAAAAUAUGUCAUAGGAAAACACUUAGCAAAAAAAAAAAAAGUUUUGCUAUUUGGAAAUUUAAAAAAUCAAUCAUUGGUAAUCAAGUAAAUAUUAUAAAUUAUUUUAAUCACGCUCUCUAUACAUGUGUGUACACGUUUGGUUUUGCACCAAGAAAAAAGGCCUCUGUUAGAUAUUUAGAUAUUUUAGUAUUUAGAUAUUUAGAUAAUUUAAAAUUACAGUUCAAAAAAUACAUUCAUCACUGAUUGUAUCAUCUUUAUGGUUUUAGCUAAUAUUGUCUUGAAGGGGGUUGACUUACACAUUGAAUAAA